CUGUCACCUACCCACAUCCUCUGGCUGUGACGCUUGUCAAAGUGUUCUCUAUCGGCUGCAUGCCUAGACCACCAAAGGGUUCUGUCCGGACAGUGUCACUGGCGAAGGCGGCGCGACAUGUCCAGGGCGCAGAUCUGGGCUCUGGUGUCUGGUGUUGGAGGGUUUGGAGCUCUCGUUGCUGCUACCACGUCCAACGAGUGGAAAGUGACCACGCGAGCCUCCUCGGUGAUAACAGCCACUUGGGUUUACCAGGGUCUAUGGAUGAACUGCGCAGGCAACGCGUUGGGUUCUUUCCAGUGCCGACCGCAUUUUACUAUCUUCAAAGUAGCAGCUAGGCAUGGGAGAGAACAAGGAAAACAUGGAACCCAAAGGGAACUGCAGCGAGAGCAAAGAUUCUAGAAUACUGCGA